AUGGCAGCCACGCACGGCGCGUACCGAGGCUCCCUGCGGGGGGGGCCCGCGGACCUGGAGUCCGGGCAGCACCGCUUCCACCCGGCGGGGGGGGGCGGGGGGGCGCACCACCCGGAGCCGGGGGUCCGGCCGCUGCUGCUCGGGACCCUGGCGGUCAUGGGGCUGCUGCAGGUGGCCUCCAGCGUGGCGAUCCUCCUGCACCUGACCGGAUACCUGCAAGAGGUGGAUUUGUCCUCAGCUCGACAUCGUCCCAUCGAGGAGGUGCAGACGGAGCCGGUGCUGAACGCUCUGAGAGACACGAGGAAGAAAGGACGCUGCAAAACACCGAAGGAGAGUCUCCCCUCGGCUCACCUCCCGAUCAGGACGUACCAGGAGUAUUCCAAGAAGAGCGAACAGGCCAUCACCAUCGACUGGGACGAGGAGCACGGCUACUGCCACAAGAUGAGCUACCAGAAGGGCAAGCUGCUGGUGAAGGAGCUGGGGUUCUACUACGUCUACGCCAAGACCUGCUUCCGCUACUACAAGCUGGCGCCCGAGGACAGCGGCGGCCCCCCCGGCGGCGGCGGCGGCGCCCCGGACGUCCGGAACACGCAGCUCAUCCAGUACGUGUACCGCGAGAGCAUCAAGCAGAACAGCAAGGCCAUCAUGCUGAUGAAGACGGGCAGCACGGUGCGCCUGAACAGCACGAGCUACAACAUGUACUGCGCCCAGCAGGGCCGCGGCGUGCGGCUGGAGGAGGGCGACACCUUGUUUGUCAACGUGUCCAACGCCUGGAUGCUGGACCUGGAGGGGGAGGGGACGUACUUUGGGGCCAUCAAGUUGGGAAACUCCAACUGAGAGAGAGACGUGAGGAGCGGACAUGCUACUGAACAUUUGAAAAGCCAAAGAACCACUGUUAGUGACUCACAAUGUACAAAGAGUGUGUGUUGUUGUUUUUUUAUUGUACAUGUGUUAUUGUUGUUGUUUUACAUUUGCUCUUCACCAAUUAGCCUUGGAUUCCUUCAUGAGAACUUCUAAUGGAAACGUAAUCACCUCUUAGAACCCGU